GUUCGUAGUCAGCGGGCAUGUGUAGGUCAAUAGUGUCAUGCCAGGUGAUUAAUUGUUUUUGUCGAUCACUUCUUAUGCUAACUAAUCCGAUAAAUCUAGUUAUUAACCAUUUUUACAUUGAUGUUUCAAGUUCAAAUCAAUCUUUAUUUUAAUCCUGUUUCGAUAAUCUAUCCAUAAUAUAUCCACUUAGUUAAUGUUUUGGUAGUUAUUCACCAAAUAAUCGACAAAACUAUUGUACACCUAGGACAUGUUCAUCAACAAAUCACAUGUUCUAGUCAUGCCAGCAGUUAUCCAACUCCUACAAUUUAUUCAUCAUUUCUAUUUUGAUUGUGUAUAGUUCAAUCAUCAAAUCUAUUCAAGAAAGAAGCUUUCACUUACUGUAACAACCAAAAGUAAAUCUUUCUCACUGCGUCAUCAUCGAUAGUUUGAAGUCUGUUUUAGGGAAAAGUUUUUCCAGAAUAUUCAUGUCAUUUUGAUUAAUUAUGGGCUAUUACCUUAACUUCUGACAAAUUGUGAAAAUUAUCCACUAACCACUGUAUGGCAUCUUCUAUAUUAAACAUUCUUCCCACAACAUAAACCAACAGUUAUACUGCUGUUUCCAUAACUAAUCAUCCUCAUCGAAACCAUAUUUAUUUUUGUGCAUAUUCACUGUUCGUUGCAAAAAUUUUAUGAUUAUCAGGUAUAUUCUUUUUUUACCUAUCGUCAAUUCUGUGUAUCAUUAAUAACCAGUUCUUUCCAAUAUUGACCAUAAUUAUAAUCUCUUUACUCUUCAGUUAGUUAUUUAUCUUAUUCCAAUUUUUCAAUUACAAUGAAUCCGUCUACCAGUGUACCUUUAAAUGUGCUGUCAGGAUAUACUGAUAAUAUUAAUCAUACUAUUCGAGAGGUAAUUGAUAAUGAUUAUUAUGAAAUCAACGGUUUGCUCGAUCCAUUUAAGAACGGGACGCAAAACAAUGUGCAACAACAUAGUGAUGAACUGUACAUUCAAAGGUCGAUGGAUGAUGGUUUAGACGAAACGACUAGUGUAAAUUUACAAAUGAUACAAGCCGAUCAGGACUCAUCGUUUAUACAAUCUUCGGAGUCAGACAUCGAAUUGCAUAAUCUAGAGGAAUUAUUGGCGCGAACAUCAAUUAGUGAUGUUUACGUAGGACCUGUUAAAAACAAUGAUGGUAAAAUCAUCCCUUUAGAUGUUGAACGUCGCGCAAUUCUCAAUAAUAGUCUGGCAUCAUUGCCAUAUUCUUCAACAUCCCUUGCUUUUUCUCCACCUGGUAUACAAAUUAUAACAGAAAUGUGGACUACAUUUCUACGAGAUCGUUUGAGUCAUUGUAAUAGCCGUAUACACAGUAUGUCUGUAGAUAAUCUACGCACCUGUCUAUAUGAUCAUAGCUUAAAUCAAUUGGGAAGCACUACCGUAUUAAAACGUCGUUUACAAGAGUUUGUGCGACGAGCGCGCGUAGCACAAUCAAUUGAUCACAAUAUUGAAAUCCAAAUCAGUGAUGAUGAAGGAGAUGAUAAUGAGAAUAGCGGUUUCAACUACGGUGGUCAUGAUAGUGUUCUUGGCGAAGUGAAUUUAAACUCUCCAAUAAUUAACAAUUGUGGUAAUGAUAGACGCAGACUGAGAAAUCUAUCAGUUACAACGACGACAAAACUACUAAAACCUGUUAUAUUGACACCAGAUACAUUCUAUGACUACUUAUUAAUUAUUGACCUGGAAGCCACUUGUGAAUCGAAAGAGAAAAUAACCACUGAUACCGACUAUCCACAUGAAAUCAUUGAAUUUCCCAUAUUACUAUAUAGUACAAGGUUACGUAAGUGCGUCAGUGUAUUUCAUGCUUAUUGUAAGCCAAGAUUACACCCAGACCUUAGCGAGUUUUGUACAGAUCUAACACAGAUUCAACAAAUCCAAGUAGAUAACGCCCAACCAUUUCCUCAUGUUUUGUUACAGAUUGAAGAAUGGCUGUUCAAAAAACAUAAACUGGCCAACAAGAGAUGUGCCAUUGUAUGUGAUUGCAGUGCAGAUAUGAGUAAAUUUAUGCGUAUUCAAUGUCGUCUGGCUAACAUAUCUAUACCUAGUUGGGCCAAUAUAUGGAUUAACUUGACCAAAUCAUUUCGCGCUUUCUAUAAGUUUCCAUCACGCUAUCGUAUAACAUUGAAUGUUAUGUUACAUGAUUUGGGUUUGUCUUUUGUUGGUCAGCGGCAUCGUGGUUUAGAUGAUGCUAUUAAUAUACUACGUAUCGUACGUGUAUUAUUGUCUGAUGGGUGUUUGCUACGUGUCAAUGAACGUAUUGAUUUUGAUAGACCUCCUUCUUUUGUCUCCUCUGUACCAAGGCAUGUGACCCAGGUCACAUCAGGUUUGAUGGGGAGCAAACUGGUUUUACUAUCACCAUCUCCACGAAAAAACAAAUCAAACAGUACCGGGAUUGGUCGUCACAAUCGUACUGUUGGAAACAAACACGUAACUUCAAGUGAUCUUGACGACAGCAAUCGAGAAUCGUUAUUAUGGUUAGCCAGUAUUCAGAAAACUCGGAUAAAUAGAGAUAAUUAAGCAUGUUCAAAUUUUCAUAUUUCGUUUACGCUCUUUCAAAGUAUAGCGUAGUAGAUAUCUCCUUUUUCAUUUGUAACUUUUGUUUCUAUCUUUAUGCAUAACUAACUCUUAUGUCCUAAUGUAUGCUUAUUUUGACUGCUUUCUAUGAUUCAAGUACUAUAAAUAUACUGCACAGAAAUAUAUACAGUUGCAAACUGGUAAAAUGACCAGAAAUUAAGUAACCUAUUCGAUUGAAUUAUUUACCCCUAAAUAUCUAUAAAAAAUAAUUGUGUGGAGAUUUAUUUUUCAUGUGUUUAUGAUUUCUUCCUCUAAUCUUAUGUUUUAUUCUCAGCUUCCUACCAAAAAGCCUGUAUGAUUGAUUGUCUCAGUUAAAAGGGAACGAUGAUGAUAAAAUAGUUAACCAAACUUCUAUUGUUUUUGGUUGUCUGCUUUCUAUCAGUUUUCUUUUAACGUUAAAUUACAACAAUGUGUAAGCUUAAUUAUUUUUGCUGUAUUAAAAAAAAAUUCAGGUUUUAUUCUGUAUACAAGAAUUUUGUGAUGGUCUAUGGAUUAAUGUCACAAAAUCCUUUCUUCCUAUACUCUUUAUUCGCUUGUAUUAGUCUCUUUUAUUUAGAACAUUUUGUUUCAAUAGUUUUAUUAUGAACUGAUGCGAUGUAAUAUAAAUUAAUUGAAUUAUCUAUAAUAAUGAUUGUUCAUUGAUACGUUCCCUUUGACUGCAGCUAUCACGAAUAAUUCAAAUAGAAAUUCAUUUGUACAUAGUUCCAAUUUUUCUAGUAGUAUGUUCUUUACACAUUGAGCGAUCAGUUAUAACUUAAAAGGUUUUAUUUUGAGAUUGGAAGAAUUCUGUUGUGAUGAGAUACAUUUCCUUAUAUUUCAGGUCACGACUACAAUUAACGGUAUUAUUUCUGAUUAAAUAUAAACCGCACAAUCGUUUAAUUGGUAUUGUAUUGCACAAGACACCAUACAACUUGAUACGUAUAGUGAAAGUGUGAUUGGUUGCUAAGCGCGGACAGACAGGUAUUUAGCCUAAUUAACUAUUAAAUAUGUGAUUCCCUUCCCUCCCAUUGAUCUCUAUUCCAGACUCACCGAGUUUCACUGCUUGUAACUACGUUGAAUAAAUUAUUACCUAGUAUUAA